GCAGCCCUUUCGCCGCCUUUCUUUGCGCCUCCUCGCCCGGGCGAGGGAGGGAGCUGGGCGGGGCCAGCCAGGCGGCUCUCUCGGCUCGGCGCUGGCUCCCAGCCGCUCCAAGGAGUUUGCGAGCGGACGCGGGAGCCCCCCGCCAGAGCCGAGGAGCCAGCAGGCAGGCGCUGAAGAUGGCGAGCCCCGCGGGACCCUGGGGCAAGCUGAUCUCCUUCCUGGCCCUCCUCGUGCUGCGGGACCUUCCCUGGGCGAGGGCAGAUGGCCUUGUGGAUGUGCUGCAGGCAUUUGGUGUGCGAGAGGGGGAAAAUGGCGUCUCCAUCGCUGCUGGGAUCUGCACUCAGAGGAAUGGAUCCGAGGAGAGUGACUUGGCUUUCCGCCUGGAGAACCAGACACACUUCAGCACCUCCACCCGGCAGCUCUUUCCUGAUGGCCCCUUUCCAGUGAAUUUCUCAGUGCUAGCUACACUGCGAGCACUCAAAGGUAGCCAGUCUUUCUUACUCUCAGUGUAUGAUGUACGGGGCGUACAGCAGCUCGGCGUGGAGAUUGGACGCUCACCUGUCUUCCUAUAUGAGGACCAGCAUGGCCACCCAGUGCCUGAGGACUAUCCUCACUUUCGCCGAGUCAAUCUGGCUGAUGGCAAGUGGCAUCGCAUUGCUCUGAGUGUGGAAGGUGGGAAUGUGUCCCUGAGCGUCGACUGUGAAGACCCUGUAACACUGCCCCUGAAGCGGGACAUGCAGCCUGUUGUCAGCACUGAGGGAACUGCCUUGCUUGGGGCACGCCGGCCGGAUGAGGAUGUUUUCGAGGGUGACUUGCAGCAGCUGCUGAUUGUUCCGGAUCCCGCAGCCGCAGCACAGUAUUGCCAGCAUUAUAUGCCUGAUUGCAACCUGCCCCUCACCUAUGUCUUGCAUGCCCAGUAUCCUGAAGAGAAUAUUCCCCGCAGGAAGGGCAAGAAAGGCAAGGGCAAAGGAAAGGGCAAGGGCAAAAGGAGAGGGAGAGGCAAGAAGAAGAGGAACAAGGAAUCGCCCGAGACGUCCUCGCCCACUCCAGUCCCAGGCCAGUACGAGACUCCAGCACGAGCUACUCCUACAAAAGCAGCAACUGAACUCUGGGAGGAGAGUCCUGAUGCAAAGACUGGAGCCAUUACCGUUACUACUGUCACAGUCAACUUUAACCUUACUGACAACUAUGAGGACCUUCUUGGAGAGGAGUAUGUAAUCAAUGAAGACCUGGAUGCCAAUGGAACAUAUAGGUCUUAUGAUGAGAGACUUGACUACAGUCUCAGGGAAUAUGAGGACUACUAUGAUCGAAGAGAUGGCAGUGAAGAAGAGCGGUAUGACCCAGCUGAGCGAAGUGAAGGCUCUGUCCAGAUCCCCAAGGAAACAAAUCUGAAGGGAGAAAAGGGAGAGCCAGCAAUCAUAGAACCUGAUCGGCGUUUUGAGGGGCCAGCUGGAUACCCAGGUCCAGUGGGUGAGACAGGCCCAAUGGGACAGGCAGGGCCACCAGGAUUUCCAGGGGAUCCUGGCGAGUGGGGACCACCAGGGCUCCCAGGCCUUCCAGGAGCUGAUGGCAUGCGUGGACCUCCUGGGACGAUGAUUAUGUUACCAUUCCAGUUUGGUGGUGACUCACCUAAAGGUCCUUCAGUGUCCUUCCAGGAGGCUCAGGCCCAGGCCAUUUUGCAGCAAGCCAAGCUUUCCAUGAAAGGUCCUCCUGGCCCCAUGGGCCUGACAGGCCGGCCAGGACCACUAGGUCUGCCAGGGAAUUCGGGACUGAAAGGAGAUCCUGGUGAUCCAGGGCCACAGGGUUCCCCUGGAAUGCGGGGACCAAUUGGGUCUCCCGGAAAAACUGGCAAGCGGGGUCGCUCAGGAGCAGAUGGCGCCAGAGGACUUCCAGGGGACACAGGACCCAAGGGUGACCGAGGCUUUGAUGGGCUUCCAGGACUUCCCGGAGAGAAAGGGAACCGGGGAGAUUUAGGGCCUCCUGGGCCACCUGGAGCCCCUGGGGAAAAUGGCAUUAAGGGCUCAGACGGUAUUCAGGGCCCCAGAGGACAGCCUGGAGAAGCUGGCUUGCGUGGUUUGGCUGGCUCAAGAGGUGCUGCUGGUCCCCCAGGCCCUCCGGGCAUCAGUGGUCUUGAUGGGGCCCCCGGACACAAAGGCAACUUGGGCAUUCAGGGUGAACCAGGCCCUCCUGGACAGCAGGGAAACCCUGGAUCUCAGGGUCUGCCUGGUCCUCAGGGUCAUGUUGGACUUCCAGGAGAGAAGGGUCCACCAGGAAAACCGGGGAUAUCAGGAAUGUCUGGGGUGGAUGGGCCACCGGGUCAUCCAGGAAGAGAAGGGCCAACUGGAGAGAAAGGAGCCCAGGGUCUAACUGGUGCUGCAGGGCCAAUUGGCUACCCCGGUCCCCGUGGAGUCAAGGGGGCCUUUGGUGUGAGGGGCCUGAAAGGCAGCAAAGGUGAGAAGGGAGAAGAUGGAUUCCCUGGCUUCAAGGGUGACAUGGGGCCAAAGGGUGACCGGGGUGAUGCUGGCCCAUUGGGUAUACGUGGUGAGGAUGGCCCUGAGGGGCUGAAGGGGCAGGUGGGACCUGUGGGGGAAGCAGGUUCUCCUGGCCUAGCUGGUGAGAAGGGCAAGUUGGGUGUGCCAGGCCUGCCAGGCUACCCUGGCCGUCAGGGACCUAAGGGUUCAACUGGAUUCCCAGGGCCCCUGGGUCUCAUUGGGGAAAAAGGCAAACGAGGCAAAGCUGGCCAGGCUGGGCAGACUGGACAACGUGGUCCUUCGGGUCCUCCAGGUGAGCGUGGUUUGCCAGGACCCACAGGAAAACCAGGACCAAAGGGUGAUUCUGGCCAUGAUGGGGCACCUGGGAUUAUAGGGGAAAAGGGUCCCACUGGACCACAGGGUCCCAAUGGAUUCCCAGGACCAAAAGGGCCACCUGGCCCAGCUGGGAAGGAUGGUUUGCCAGGACAUCCAGGCCAGCGUGGUGAGCCGGGUUUUCACGGCAAAACUGGCCCACCAGGACCUGCUGGGGUCGUGGGACCACAGGGAAACUCAGGAGAAACUGGUCCCAUGGGAGAAAGAGGUCACCCAGGCUCCCCUGGUCCUCCUGGAGAGCAAGGGCUGCCAGGUGCUGCUGGCAGGGAAGGUGCCAAGGGUGAUCCUGGCCCCAGUGGCAUCCCAGGCAAAAACGGCCCUCCUGGAAUGAGAGGCUUUACUGGGGCUCGAGGACCUGCUGGAGAGAUUGGGCCAACUGGACUAAAGGGGGCUGAAGGACCACCUGGUCCACCAGGCCCCACGGGUUCCCCCGGUGAGCGAGGCCCCUCAGGAGCAGCUGGGGGCAUUGGACUGCCAGGACGUGGGGGUAACCAAGGGCCUCCUGGACCUGCAGGGGAGAAAGGGGCACCGGGUGAGCGAGGCCCAAUGGGCCCCGCUGGGCAUGAUGGCAUCCCAGGCCCAGUGGGGCUGCCAGGCCCAACCGGGCCACCAGGACUUGCAGGAGAAGAUGGUGACAAGGGAGAGAUGGGUGGCCCAGGACAGAAGGGAAGCAAGGGAGACAAAGGGGAAGCGGGUCCCCCUGGGCCCACUGGAAUCCAGGGUCCCAUUGGGCAUCCAGGCCCUGCUGGUUCUGAUGGGGAGCCUGGGCGUCGAGGACAGCAGGGCAUGUUUGGCCAGAAAGGAGAUGAGGGAGCCCGUGGAUUCCCCGGGGUCAGUGGUCCAUCUGGUCUACAGGGGAUGCCAGGCCCCCCAGGUGAGAAGGGUGAGAGCGGCGAUGUUGGUCCAAUGGGUCCACCAGGAGCCCCAGGGCCCCGAGGCCCACAAGGUCCCAUUGGUGGGGAUGGCCCACAGGGGCAACCAGGUGGUCUGGGACAGCCAGGUGCCACUGGUGAAAAGGGAGAGCCAGGUGAAGCAGGAGACCCUGGACCUCCAGGGGAGCCAGGUCGACCGGGAGUGAAGGGUGAUAUAGGUGAAAAAGGAGACUCUGGCCAGUCAGGAGCUGCAGGGCCCCCUGGCAAAAAGGGACCUCCCGGAGAAGAUGGGGGCAAAGGGAACCUGGGUCCAAUUGGCUUCCCUGGCGACCCAGGCCCAUCCGGUGAUCCUGGCCCUUCUGGUUUGGAUGGAACUCCUGGUGAGAAAGGUGACAUGGGAGAUCCUGGACUAACGGGACCCCCUGGAGCUUCUGGGGAGCCAGGUCCUCCUGGGUCACCAGGAAAGAGGGGGCCUACUGGGCCAGCUGGCCGUGAAGGUCGACAGGGUGAAAAAGGGGCCAAGGGGGAGCCUGGCACAGAAGGACCUGUGGGGAAAAUGGGACCUGUGGGCCCCCAGGGGCCUCCUGGCCGCUCUGGUUCAGAAGGUCUACGUGGGAUUCCUGGCCCAGCAGGAGAACAAGGGCUGCUGGGAGCACCAGGCCAGGCAGGGCCCCCAGGGCCCAUGGGUCCCACCGGACUCCCAGGCCUCAAGGGUGACCCUGGCUUUAAGGGAGAGAAAGGCCAUGCAGGACUCAUUGGGUUGAUUGGUCCCCCAGGUGAGAUGGGUGAGAAAGGUGACCAGGGGCUUCCAGGGAACCAGGGAACACCAGGCCCUAAGGGCGACCCUGGAAUUAUUGGACCCCUCGGCCCUCCAGGCCCACCUGGAUCUCCAGGACUCUCCGGACCUCUGGGGCAGAAAGGCAACAAGGGCUCACCAGGACCCAUGGGACCCCGUGGUGAUCCAGGACCUCCAGGACACCCAGGGCAACCAGGUCGCCCUGCUCAGCUGCAGGACCCACUGCCUCUGGAGAGUGGCCGCAAGAGCCGUCGUGACUGGGAGCUAGGGGAGCAAGGAGAUGCGCCAGGGGAACUGGAUAAUGACCCUGAUGCUGAUGAUGGACUGGCAGAAGUUCUAGCAACUCUGAGUUCCCUACGUGAUGAAGUGGAGCAAAUGCGAUGCCCACUGGGCACCCAGGAAAGUCCAGCCCGGGUCUGCAAGGAGCUUCAGUUUUGCCAUUCCCACCUCACAGAUGGUGAAUACUGGAUCGAUCCUAACCAAGGAUGUAACCGAGAUGCCUUCAGAGUUUUCUGCAACUUCACAGCUGGUGGGGAAACCUGCUUAUUCCCCGACAAGAAAUUUGAGGCUGUACGACUUGCUGCUUGGAGCAAGGAGCAACCAGGAAGUUGGUACAGCACAUUCAAAAGGGGCAAGAAGUUCUCCUAUGUGGAUGCAGACGGCAAUCCCGUGCAGGUUACCCAGCUCACAUUUCUGCGCCUGCUCAGUGCCCUUGCUCACCAGAACUUCACCCUCAUCUGCCAAAAUAUGGCUGCCUGGUAUGAGGCUGACACCAGCAGCCAUGCUCGGGCUUUACGUUUCCUUGCCUUCAGUGGUGUGGAGCUGAUGCACAACAGCACAGAAGCACCUGUCCGCGUCUUGUACGAUGGCUGUCAGGUACGCAAAGGCCAGGAGCGGACAGUACUGCAGAUCUGGACACCACGUGUGGAGCAGUUGCCCCUGGCCGAUGUGGCUGUUCAGGAUUUUGGAGACACCAAUCAGAAGUUCGGCUUUGAACUCGGGCCUGUCUGCUUUGGUGGCUGAGCCCUUCAAAGAUGGACAGCUCCCUCUGCACUGUGGGACCACCCCUUGGAAAGAGCGAGCUAAAAUUCCUCCACCUUGCACUGGGGGAGUAGGAUGCAGGAGCGGAGCCGGCCCUGCAAAGACCUGCCGUUGUAUUUAACCAGAUGACAGCCUCCUAUUUAUGCGGCCAAGGUCCCUUGGGGCCGUGACUCUUGGGGAGCAAAGCAGAGCCCAGACUGAGCCGGGGCCCUCCCUUUCUGCAGCCCUGACAAAUGGUGCUAUUAUGCAGCCUUAGUGAAGCACUGGACUAACUGCCCGGCCCUGGCUACCUGCAAGAAUGGGGGAAAUGGAGACUACAUCCCACACUGCUGACCUCCUUCCAUAAGGGCCAUCAAGAUCUUGCCUGAAGCAUUUGGGGAACUCAGGACCAAUCUACUGACUCAGCCACCUUCUAACAGAAAUGGGCAUAGGGAUUGGAUGGGGAAAGUGGAGGAACAGAGCAUUGGCCUCUAAGCCUAUAAAUAACCACAGAAAAACAGGAUUCUGAUUAAAAUAGUGCCCAAGGUUCAAGGACUGAGCACAGGGGAACCAAAAUUUUGAUCCUACUGAAUUUAUUUAAAUUAACAGAUACUGUAUUGAUAUGACAUGGUAUCCAGCUGUUACCAGAUUGAAUAGGAUGGAUCCCUGUAAGGUACCUUUCAGGAGGAAGGUGAGGUGUGACCCCCAACCAGGUGAUGACCAGAUACUCUAGUUGGUGUCUGUAUCACCUUGUGACCAUUGUUCACUAUUGUCUGUUCCUGUUGUGGUGCCAGAUGGUAUCCAUGUAGCAAAAUGCAAAAUCAGGAGAGCUGGAAAGGAGUUGAAUCUCUUUCUGUUUUCCACAAAAAUCCCAGCUGUGAGCCUGCAGUAAUCUUCUUUUGAGGAAGAGGAACAGGAAACAGUCACUUCCAGCCCCUUAUCACCCUUGUCUGUUAUUCCGUCCAUCCUGGGCAGAGAAUGGAGGAUUCUGAGUUCUGUUCUUUGGGCCCAAAUGUUUCUCUUGUCAGAUGCCUGCAAAAAAUUAUUAUUGAUUCUGUGACCCCUGUUCCUUGAUACCCUCUCUCUGGAGGAAAGAAUAUAUGAUUCAGGUGGAUUGCUACAUUCCCUGCAGAUCUAAAACUCCUAAGUAUGAUACAGGACAGAGACCUGGAACUUAUGCCUGCUGUGCUGCCCUACCCUCAGCCUUUGGCACUGACCUCUCUUCAAACCCUCUGGUGCUAAAUCCCUACAUUGUUAUGCUUCCUCCUCGUAUCUCAGGCUGUGGUGCCAACCGGGUGUGUGUGUGUGUGUUUGUGUGUGUAUGUUACUGUAUCUAACAACCUGUAUUAAACCUCGGAGCCUGUGACUGA